AUGAAGCACCAUCUUCCUUCAGCCGCAGAGCCAAGGAGGCCCAAGGAGGGAGCCCUUGCCAUCAGGCUUCAAGCUGGUCGUCGGUCCACAUCCAUCACCAUCAUCCACGGUCCACCGCCCUCAACACCGUCGAUCGAGCGUCAAGGAGGAGGGAGGUUGAAGCUUCUUUCAGUCCCGUUUGCGUCUCGGUCAGAUGACGUCAAUCGGUUAGAUGACGUCAUGAGCACGGUUUCGUGUCACCUCGCUUUCACGACCAAUUUUUGGCACGCUGUCGACCCUCGUCAGGAACUUGCUGCCAAGGAAGAAGGUGGCAAUGGAAGAAACAACAAGCAACCAACACCAACAAUGGCACCCACAGGUCCUGCCGAGUGGUCUUUGGCCAGGAGAGACCAGGAGAAGCGUCGGAAGCGGCUUUAUUGUGGUGAAAUCAGCGACGUACGCCGAAGCCCUACUCUCGCUACAACUCUGAACGCUACAACACACUACAAAUUUCCCACUAUUGCUGCUGUCACUUCCAAUUCUGUGACAAUGGCCAACAACAUGAAAACCAAACCUUCUGGACGCUCGAAAGCUUGCUUUCCGAUUCCUGCUCACCAUCUCCUCACCAUGGUGGAAAAGAAGAAAGGACCGCUACCAGCGGGGGAACACAAAACAAUGAUCAAGAUGCGCCUUGCCCCCGUCUUGAUCGAGCUGCGAGAGAAAGUCUCUCCAGUCAACAACACACCUCCUCAACAUAAAUUGACCAUGGCCGAGGAGAAGGGACAGUCGCUCUUCGACAAUGUCCACUUAGAUACUACAACUGAUAACAUGAUGACAACGCCCAUAGAAAACGUGGCCUACAACAACAUCAACAACAACCGGACCACACUUUCUGGAAUGUUUCUGCUCCCACCUUCUGCAGAAGAACCGUCUCCGCCCGCAGGGCCAACAAAACAAGAGACAGUCUCCAAAGUCACCACAACAGUGUCCACCGCCGCAGACACACUCUCCAAGUUGCAAGUGCGCGUCAACAGCCUUCGAGCCAACAACCUGCCACUUCCACCAAAGACAGCCGAGUCCACCAUCGACGACAUGAUCGCCGAGUUCCGCAAGUGCCUCAAAACCUUGCCAGCUCCAACAACAGAAAGUCGUCAACGCACUUUGGCCGCAAUGGAGUACUUCAAGAAUGGACCGCCAGCAGAGCCAACAACAAAGCCAUCUCCUCCAUCGGCGGAUGAGGAUGUCAUCGAGACUGAAGAAGAGGACGAUGACGAUGAUGAGCCAACCAGCCCUUUUGGUUUUGUUACAUAUGCUUGGUACCACAUUGACUGUCUUGGAGACAAGGGGCCAAAAAACCAUCGACGUGGUCGAUACAAGAAGAUCGUGGAUCACCCUGAAACUGGCGAAAAGUGUCUAGCAUACGUCGAGAUUGUCCCUCGAGACGAUGCGCCCACUCAAGUUUGGCAAGGAGACUACUCGGAGAUUUCAACAACUCCCAACAACAAGCCAGCCAACAAAAAGGGUCACAAGGUGGAAUUCAAAAAGGCCGUGCUUCAAGUCGACUACGUCUUGGACGAGUCGAGAAGAAGGAGAAGAAGACCGUCAAGGAUGCAAUCAUGGCCAAUGUUCGACGUGCACAAUACGGAAAGGCAUUGGAGACUGCGGAGCACCAUGAAACGAUCGAUCCAUAUUUUGAAUGGCGUGGUCGCCGAACACGUUGUCAUUGAAAUUCCAGAAGAGGUCGAUGACAACCAACAACAACAACAACCAAAAGAGCUUUCAUUCGCUGCAAAGUUUCUUUGGGGCUUGCUCUUUAUCAAGUGCAUGAUGUUCGCCAUGGCAGCUGAUGAACGGGAAGCAGUGCAAGUCCCUUUUGGUAUCGCGAGCAUGGUCGCGAGUCUGGUGAUCUGUCUCUUCCAGUGUGGUGGAAAGAUUGGACGACACCAAUUGUUGCACAUUGCGCAUCUUUCUUUGGAAGGAGCAGCGAUGCUCCUGAACAUGGAACCCUUGUUCCUUGCCUUUGAAUUGACGAUGGCAGUGUACAACGGUAGUCUCUUGGAAGAAGUGAAGGAAGAAGAGAAGCCAAUCGUCGAGGACGAUGUCGAAGAGGGCAUCGAAUGGUCGGUCAGUUCAAUCAUUGCUCAUGCAUGCUCGUCCGCCUCAUUCGUCCUGAUCUUUUCUUUCACAGGCUUCCACUUGGAAAUGACAACAAACACACAAAGUCCUAGGGCCCAGGCACCAGCGCUCCACUUGAAGACACAACAAGGCUCCACUUGGAGAUACAACAAGGUACGUUCCAGGCCGGCCCCCUCCUCCAUGGGGGACAAAAGACAAAACACUUAUAGGUCUCCGAUUGGAGAUGAUCAACAACAACAAGUCCUCUGGCCAGGCACUAAGGCUCCACUUGGAGACAACAAACCACAAGUCCUCUGGCCAGGCACCAAGGUAAGUCCACUCGCUCGUUUGUCGUGUGUCGUGCAUUGCAUUGCCCGUUCGUCUUUGUAG